AAAAGCACAACAAACGUUGACAGCAGGAAAAAGAAAAACAAGUUAGUUACCUUGACAGUAGUGAUACUAUGAUAUCCCAUGUGGAAUGUUUGCCUUAAUCUUAUAGCCCAGCCGCCAGUGACCUCACUGCUCCAUGUUCGUAGACUAAAGCUGGUUGUGUCUACGGAUGGGUUUGGCAGAUAAAUUUCCCCUCCAUCAUAAACAACUUACACCACACCCAACACAGCAUCGCAAUCAUGACAACGAACAUAUCACUCGAGACCACAAUGGGCUCGCUCACCCUUGAGCUCUACACCACCCACGCCCCUAAGACCUGCAAUAACUUCACCACCCUUGUCCGUCGCGGCUACUACGACAACACCAUCUUCCACCGCAUCAUCCCCAAUUUCAUGAUCCAGGGCGGCGACCCAACAGGAACGGGUCGCGGCGGAAGCUCUAUCUACGGCGAGAAGUUCGAGGACGAGAUCGAUCCGGGUCUCAAGCACACAGGCGCUGGUAUCUUGAGCAUGGCCAACGCAGGCCCCAACACAAACGGAUCGCAGUUUUUUAUCACGCUUGCGCCUACGCCUUGGCUUGAUGGCAAACACACUAUCUUUGGAAGGGUCAAAUCUGGCAUGAGUACUGUGAAGAGGAUGGGCAUGGUCAAGACUGGGUCUGAGGACAGGCCUAUCGAGGACAUCAAGAUUGUCAAGGCUCGCGUUGUAGAGGAGGAGGAGGAGGUCUAGAUAGAAAGCAUUCGCGGAGUGGAUUAGACAUCUCUAGCAUUGGCGUUCAGGAUUAAAAGUCACUAGUCACGAUCACGGUCACA